AUGUUUCUUCUCCCCUCUUUCACAUUUGUUAUACCUCAUCGCGUCCUCUUUCUCUCAUUCUCUCUCUAUCCUAUUAUUCGUUUUCUUCGUCCUUUUCUUUUCCCCGUAUUUGUCAUGCUCCCUCACCUUCUCUCUCUCUCUCUCUCUCUCUCUCUCUCUCUCUCUCUCUAUCUAUCUAUCUAUCUAUCUAUCUAUCUCUUUCUCUCUCUCUGUCUUUUCUUCUCUUUUUCCUUUUCCUCUGCUUCAUUCUCUUCUCACACUUUCGAUAUGCUUCGUUGUUUCCUCUUUCUCUUCGCCAACGUAUUGGUUCUCCUCAUUCUUAUCUCCCCCGCCACCCUGGCUAUCGUCCAUGUUUUUCUUCGCUUUCUCUCUUCCUUCUAUUGUCUUUUUUCAUUUUCCCCUCUUUUUCUCCUCCCCACACACACAUUCGUUUAUACCGCUUGGUCCUCUCUACGAUUUUUUUUCAAACAUUUUUCUUCUUUAUAUAAGUUUCUUUCUUUUCCCCUUUUCGCUUUCUUCUCUUCUUCCUUAUUUCCAUUUUCCUCUCUCUUCCUCUUUUCGUUUCUUUCAUUUUAUUUCCGUUCCCUUCUAUUCCUUCUUUGCUUUUCCUUCAUUUUUUUUUUUUUACUUUUUCUCUUUCUUUCUAAUUUCCUUUUGUUCUCUUUAACUUUUUAUAUCAUUUUUCUUCUUUCUUCCUCAUUUCCUCCUUCUCGUUUUCUUUCCUUUUGUAUCUCUUUCUUCUUUACUUUUUCUUCUUUUUUUAAUCCUUUUUUUAUCUUUUUUUUUAUUUUCAUUCUCUUUCUUUUUAUCUUUUUUUUAUUUUCCUUCUAUUUCUUUUCCCAUUUUCUUUAUUUUUCUUCUUCUUUUUUUUCAUUCUUUCUUAUUUCCCUUCCUCUAUUUUCUGUUUCUUCUUUUGUUCUCAUUUCCUUUUAUUCUCCUUUUCUUUCUCAUUUCCGUCUCUUUAAUGGUUUCUUUUUUUUUUUCGCCUAUAUCUACCUUUCAUUUUCAUUAUUAUUUCUUUUCAUUUUUUUUCUCUUUUUCUCGCUUAUUUCCAUCUCUUCUUCUUUAUUUUUUUCUUUAUCUCUUGUCUUCUUUCUUUUCUCUUCCUGUCUACUUGCCUCUUUCUUUCUCUUUUACUCUCCCUACCUUUCUACGGUAAUUUCUAUCGUUUCUUUGUUUUCCUCCCACUUCACGAAAUCGCUUUUCAACCGCUUCAUAACACUAGACAAUGAAGAAAAGGUUGAAACUUCCUCUUGA